AUGGUCAAGCUUACCGAGGUCGAAGACGAACACUUCAAGGAGAAGCCCGUCCCAACCAAGGAUAACUCAUUGCUGGCUUCUGACGAUGAGGAUGAGGAUUACACUGAUACAGAAUCCGAAAUUUCUACAGAUUCCGAUUUCGAAAUUGAAGCUGAAACGCUCUACGACCGUAUCUAUGCCUUGAAAGAUAUCAUUCCGCCCUCCGCUCGCCGCAGUGUUGCCAGCUCCGCCUCCGCCCUCACCUCCUUCACCAAAUCGACUAUUUCAUUCAGCGGAAGGGCUCUGUGGGUUAUCAGCACGAGCGCUUUUCUUCUCGGUGUCCCGUGGGCGCUUGCAUAUGCAGAAGAAGAGCAGUAUAUACAGAUGGAGCGCGAGCAGGGGAUGAUCAAGGGAGCUAAUGAGAUGCUCACACCUGGCCUUCCUGCUGCGGAGAAGCCGGAAUCUCAACCCACUUUGUAA